AUGUAUCCGACAUUUUUUCGAAUGGUACCAGGAUAUCGAAAUUUGAAUUUGGCUCGCUGCCACCUGGUCCAUCAGUUCAACUGGACUCGUGUUGGUACCUUGAAGCAAAGUGAUGAUCCGCGUUUCGCACUGUGUGUGUUUUGUAAUGUUAAUCGCAGUGCCGUUUGGAUGAAAUAUAAUCCUCAUUCACUGAAGUAUCUUCAAAUUCAAAAUAUCGCUUUCUCUGAGAUGCGGCAGACAUUCGGAGAAACGCGAGUGGUCGCAAAAUCGUUGGCUGUGCGAAUUUUAUGCGAAGCAUUUCAAAAAGGAAUUUAUGGCGAAAAUUAUGCGUGGAUUCUACCUGGCUAUCACAGAAGUAACUGGUGGCGCGACACAUCCGAAGUAAACUGUACGGUGGAGCAACUCGCCGAGGUUGUUGAGGGGCAUUUUGCUGUCGAAUUUUCACCUUACUCACAACGCUUUGCGCGGCUCACUGUGGCCAAUAAAACAGUGUUGACGAUUCGCUCGGAGCUUGAAGAUGGUCGCGGCUCAGCAGCGGAGCGCGUUUUCAAAGGCUAUGUCUAUGAUGGACUGUGGACAUUGAGUCUGGCUAUUGAAGAGGUGAUACGGCGAAUUGGACACAAAUGA